AUGCAACAUGUCUCCAAGCGCCCGGCCCGCCGUCCCAUCUCCCGCCGCGCCUCUCUUCAACUAGCAGCGGCGGCGCUGGCGCUACAAACUCUACGGCCCACAUCCGCGCGAGUGCGAGUCGCCGACGCGGACGCCGGGUCCAAAGUGGUCACGACGGAAUCCGGACUGAGCUACUAUGACUUCAUCACGGCCGACGGGGAUGCUCGCCCCGUGACGGAGGGCACUCGCGUGAGCGUACACUACACGCUGGGCACGACGGGCGCGCGGAACGGGUGGAAGAUUGACAGCUCGUACGACAGAGACCCGCUCACGUUUACUGUGGGGAGGGGGGAAGUCGUGCAGGGUUUGGAUGAAGGCGUACUAGGAAUGGGAAAGGGCGGGAAGAGACGCGUCGUGAUUCCCAGCAAAUUGGGGUAUCGAACAAAAGAUGACCGGCCAGUGGUCAUGGGUUUUGCGGAGUAUCAGCGGUUUAAGAAUAUUUACCUCAACCCGGAUAGACCGUAUAAGCCGGACUUGGUCAUAGAUGUCACUGUCGUCAAGGUGCGAUGAAGGGCACCAACAGUGAUCCUCGCUCUCGAGGAUCAGGAUGAAGUAGAGAGGACUUGUGGUCUGUUCGCUGGGGCGCGAGCGAUUCUGCGAAGGUAUACUCGCGGCGCAUUUCAAUUCCAUCCUUGUCCCAAGCUUAUUUUUUUAAAACAUGCGCUUGCGCAAUGGCA